UGUACGGUAAAGUCUAUAAUACUGCAUAACAAAAUUUUUCUUAAAGAUUAAAAAAAUAAUAUUUUUAUUAAAUUUAAAAUGAAAUCAAUUAUAGUAUUAUUUGUGAUUAUUGCUUCCGCCAUACCCAUUAAAAGAGUAUCUGGUGAAAUGCCAGAAGAAAUUAAAGCUGCUUUUAUGUCAGCUGUAAAAGAUUGCGUUGCUGAAACAAAUAUUUCAGAAGAACUUCUAUCAAAAAUUAAGAAACAUGAACCAAUUUCUGAUCCAGCUGGAAAAUGUUUUAAAGCUUGUGUUAUGGAUAAAUUUGGAUUGCUUACCGAUGACGUUAAAAUAAAUAAAGAAAAAAUGUUAGAAGGUGGUAGAAUGAUUGGUGUUAUUACUGAUGAUAAUUAUGAAGCAGCUGGAAAUGUUAUUGACGAUUGUAACCAGUAUUCUGGAUCAGACAAAUGUGAAGCCGCUAAUGCAUUUUGCGAAUGCAUGCAUAAAACUAAAGGAGUUGAGUUCUUGGUGAUGUCCUAAAUUUUUUUUUUUUAUUGUUAUUAAUUAUUCUGAAAUCAAUUUGUAUACUUUGUUAAUUAAAAAUUAAUUAUUUUGAAUUUAAAUAAAUUUCAUAUUGAAUUUCAAUUGAAAAGCAAUAAUUAUAAAUAUUUGUUCACUAAUUAUGCAAAUAUGUUUGUUAUAAAGUGCUAAGUUGAAAAUG